AGAAUUUGCAUUGAAUCUUCAUUGAACUACUAAAAUUAUUAAGGUCUGCUUUAAGCUCUCGGGGUGAUGAAUGCAGCUUAUUCUCUCUCUCUCUCUUUUUUUUUAAGAUAUCAGUAGUUUCAUAUUGAAUUAUGGAGAGAAAAUCAACUGAAGGUUUUGGAAGGUGUUUUUUGUUGGCUUGUAUGCUAGUAUUUGUCUUGGCAGCCUCUGCUGCAACAGAUAAUAUUACUCCAGGCCGAUCUAUCAGAGAUGGGGAAGCUCUAGUUUCAAGUGACGAAACUUUUGAAUUGGGAUUCUUCAGUAGCCCAGUUAAUUCAACAACACGUUACCUAGGAAUAUGGUACAAAGUUUCUCCUGAGACUGUCGUUUGGAUAGCCAACAGAGAGGCUCCUCUUCUCGAUCAUUUCGGAGUUUUAAAUGUCACUAAGGAAGGUAGUAUUAUUCUCCAGGAUAAGAAAACUGACAUUAUAUGGUCAUCCAAUAGAACAAGAACUGCUGAAAAUCCAGUUCUGCAGCUCUUGGAUUCUGGAAAUCUUAUCGUAAAAGAUGGAAACGACAGCGGCUUGGCAAACUUAUUAUGGCAAAGCUUUGAUUAUCCUUGUGAUACCUUACUGCCAGGGAUGAAGCUUGGGAAGAGUUUCAUUACAGGAACGAACUGGUCUCUAUCAUCUUGGAAGGGCCUCAACGAUCCUGCCCCAGGUCGGUUUUCGGCCUUGAUAGAUCCCGAGGGGUUUCCCCAGCUAGUUGUGAGAAAUGGAAGUGCAAUCUUUUACAGAGGAGGGUCAUGGAACGGCGAACGGUUUACGGGGACUCCUGAUCUAAAACAGGUUGAAUCAUCUAACCUAUUCAAGUUUACAUUUGAGUUGAAUAAGAAUGAGGUGUACUACAGAGGUGAGCCCUAUCCUUCAUUCAUUUCAAGGUUAGUUGUGAAUCAAUCAGGCUUUUUGCGGCGCCUAGUGAGAACGAAACAAUCGCAAUCUUGGAUUGAGAUCUAUUUUGCUCCUCGCGAUGAAUGCGACCGUUAUGCUGUAUGUGGUCCAUAUGCUAGCUGCAACACCAACAACUGUGCUUGUUUGGAUGGAUUUGAACCAAAGUACCCUGCAGAGUGGGAUCAUUCAAAAUGGUCUGGCGGAUGCGUUCGAAAGACUGAAUUGGCUUGUCAAAAUUCUGUCUUUACGAAGUAUAAUGGGUUGAAAUUACCUGACACAUCGAAUUCUUCUUUUGAUGCAAGCAUGAGCCUUAAGGAAUGCCAAGAGAAGUGUUCAAAGAACUGCUCUUGCAUCGCCUAUGCAAAUUCAGAUAUCAGAAAUGGAGGUAGUGGAUGCUUGCUGUGGUUCGGUGACCUUAUUGAUAUGAGAAUAUACCCUGACGGUGGACAAGAUCUCUACGUACGGAUGGCCAAUUCAACAUUAGGUUACCUUGUUGCAAGCAAAAACUCGAGUAAAAAGAAGAGAGUAGCCAUUAUUGUCAUCGCGGUCAUAUUAGUUGGACUGAUUUUGGGAGGAUUAAUUGUCCACUUGAGAUGGAAGAAACUCAGAAAGCAAGUUGAAGGUGGAAAGGAUGACAUGGAGUUACCAGUAUUUGAUUUAAGCACUAUUGUGAAAGCCACUGAUAACUUCUCCGAUGAUAAUAAGCUAGGACAAGGUGGUUUUGGACCUGUUUACAAGGGUACCUUGCCUGAAGGGCAAGAAAUAGCAGUGAAGAGACUUUCAAAAAGUUCUGGACAAGGAUUGGAAGAGUUUAAAAACGAAGUCGGAUUGAUUGCUAAGCUUCAGCAUCGCAACCUUGUGAGGCUUCUCGGUUGUAGCAUUCCAGGAGAUGAAAAGAUGUUGAUCUACGAGUACCUGCCCAACAAAAGCUUGGACUACUUUAUUUUCGAUCAAACAAAAAGCGAAUUACUGGACUGGAGAAGGCGAAUGCACAUCAUCGAUGGAAUUGCUCGAGGACUUCUUUAUCUUCAUCAAGACUCUAGACUAAGGAUUAUACAUAGAGAUCUCAAAGCCAGCAAUGUGUUACUAGACAGUGAUAUGUGCCCCAAGAUUUCAGACUUUGGCAUGGCAAGAACAAUUUGGGGUGAUCAAACUGAGGCAAACACUAACAAAAUCGUUGGAACUUAUGGUUAUAUGCCUCCUGAGUACGCUGUAGAUGGACUAUUUUCGAUAAAAUCCGAUGUAUUUAGCUUUGGUGUGUUAGUACUCGAGAUUGUUAGCGGGAAAAAGAACAGAGGAUUCUUCCAUCCAGAACACAGCCAUAACCUUGUUGGGCAUGCAUGGAAACUGUGGAUGGAAGAGAAGCCAUUGCAGCUAAUUGAAAGUAACUUGGGAGAUUGUUUUGUGGUAUCUGAAGUUCUAAGAUGCAUUCAUGUGGGUCUUUUGUGUGUUCAAAAACGACCAGAGGAUAGACCGAGCAUGUCAUCCGUAGUUCUAAUGUUAGGUAGUGAGAAUUCAGUACCUCAACCGAAACAGCCUGGUUUUUUCACCGAAAGGAGUCUGCCUGAAUCGGACGCUCACUCAUCAACCCACCAUGAACCAGCUUCUAGCAAUGGAGUUACCAUUUCAUUGUUAGAGGCACGAUAGAAAACAUGUAUAACGUUAACAUCCUAUGCUGUAAUUAUUUACCUUUGUAUUAAGAGCUAUAAUGCUCUCUGUAUGACUUACCGUGCUAGCAAGCAGGUUGGUUUGUAUGUAUACAAGCAAAUAGUACGUGAUGGGUUGAAGAUAUGGAAUUUUCAUGGCAAUAAUGAGCUAAAAAGUUGGAAACUAGUUCUGUUGACA